UGUUUUUUCUGGCGAAAAGUCGGAGAGAGAGAAUGAAUAGGCAGACUCGCUAGCUACAGUUGGAAACCUGAAAGAAGAGUCAGAAAAAUAAAUGGAGAAGGCUAGAGAGUUUCUGGAACUGAGUUCGGAAGAAACGGAGAGCGUGUCGCGACUCAUAAUCCACCCUCACCGAGUCGACCACGAACCGAGUUUCUACGACGACUUUGCCCUCCGAGGAAUCCGAGUCGACCGGGUCGAACCCGGCUUAGUGUCCUGUACUUUCAAAGUCCCUCGUCGCCUCACCGAUAGGACUGGGAAGUUGGCUUCAGGUGCAAUUGCAAACCUUGUUGAUGAAGUUGGUGGUGCCGUUGUCCAUGUCGAGGGUCUCCCCAUGAAUGUUUCAGUGGACAUGUCAAUCUCGUUUCUUUCAACCGCGAAGCUUGAUGAUGAGUUAGAGCUUACCUCAAGGGUUUUAGGACGAAAAGGUGGUUACUCUGGAACAGUCGUGCUUAUAAGGAACAAAGCAACAGGGGAGCUUAUUGCUGAAGGCCGGCAUUCAUUGUUUGGUAAACAUGCCAGCAAACUCUAAUCUCUGGAUCUGUUUCACAGUAGUGUUAUGAAAGUUGAUAGAUGUGCAUGUUCUAAAUUCCAUUAGACACUUGUUUUAUUGUUGUAGUUGACUAAUGUAUCUUCAGUUUUCAAUUGAAAGACGAAUAACUAUUCUGAUAGUUGAAGGAUUUAUUUUAUCUA